UUGGAGGCAAAAUCCCAAAAGGCUGUCUUUUGGUGGGUCCACCUGGUACCGGCAAGACCCUUCUGGUUCGGGCCGUGGCCGGCGAGGCUGGAGUGCCGUUUUUCUCUUGCGCAGCUUCAGAGUUCGUGGAAUUAUUUGUGGGAGUGGGUGCGUCGAGAGUGCGGGACUUGUUCGAGAAGGCCAAGUCGAAAGCGCCGUGCAUUGUGUUCAUUGAUGAGAUUGAUGCGGUGGGAGGAAUGCUUUGAUGCAAAUUGGAAGGGUGACUCCGGAAAGUGUUAUCUUCAGCUUUGGGACUAUCCUUUUGGAUCUUCUCAGUGGGAAACACAUCCCUCCUACUAAUGCUCUUGAUAUGAUUCGUGGAAAAAACAUUAUUCUCUUAAUGGAUUCACACCUGGAGGGAAAAUUUUCCACUGAACAAGUGACUCUGGUUUUUGAUCUUGCCUCACGAUGUUUGCAAUAUGAACCCAGGGAGCGGCCAAAUACCAAAGACCUUGUUGCAACAGUUGCCCCACUGCAAAAUAAAUCUGAUGUUCCAUCUUAUGCGAUGCUGGGAAUUCCAAAGCACGAGGAAGCACCUCCGACUCCGCAACAUCCUCUUUCGGCCAUGGGCGAUGCCUGUUCAAGGAUGGACCUCACAGCCAUCCAUCAAAUUUUGUUAAUGACACACUACAAAGAUGAUGAAGGAACCAAUGAGUUGUCUUUCCAAGAAUGGACUCAGCAAAUGAAGGAUAUGUUGGAGGCGCAAAAGCGUGGGGACUUAGCAUUUCGUGACAAAGAUUUUAGAUCAACAAUGGACCGUCACUCUCAGAAGCCUCUCCGCCCAUUCCUGGUUCGAAGGUAUUUUGAUGAUGUAGGAGUGUAA